ACACAGUGAUGUCACCCAGCAGGUAGAUGGUACAAAGGAGUCAGACCUCUUUGAUCAGUCAGAGUGAUCUCGGAGUCAUCAAGAAAGAUGAACAUGAAGGUAGCUUUGGUCGUUUUUGCGGCCGUGAUCUGUGUGGCACACUCCAAGUCUGUCCAGACCAAGAGAUGCUGCCCACCUGCAUACCCACCACCAUGCCCACCAGCACCCGCUGCACCCGGACCCCCCGGACCCGCAGGAUGCGUUGGACAGCCCGGACGGCCCGGAUAUCCCGGACCUAAAGGAAUGACAGGACCUUGUGGGCCAGUUGGUCCCCCCGGACCACCAGGACCUCCACCACGUCCAGGACCCCCAGGACCUCCAGGAUGCAUGGGACCCCCCGGAUGCCCAGGACGCCCUGGCCUGAGGGGCUACCCCGGACCUUGUGGACCUCCCGGACCCCCUGGCCCACCUGGACCUCCUGGAAACCCCGCCCCACCACCACCACCACCUGCCUGCCACCCAUGUGGCAAAUUUUUCAAGAAAUUUUUUUUACCAAUUCUAUUUAACAUUUCACUACUAGCAAUCGCGAAUGCCAGCUCAGCGAAAUACCGAGAAAACAGGUGGUUAAAAAAUUCACAAUAUAUGCCAACCUCGAAACCCUUCCAGUUCAUCAUGAAGCCAGUUUUGGUCGUUCUUGCAGCCGUGAUCUGCAUAGCACACUCCAAGUCUGUCCAUGACAAUGCAAAGCGAUGCUGCCCAUACCCACCACCACCCCCACCCCCUGCGCCGGCACCCUACCCAGUACACGGUUAUCCGGGGCCACCAGGCGCCCCCGGCCUUCCAGGAGCUACCGGGUAUCGGGGUAUGAGCGGACCUAUGGGCUGUACGGGACCGACCGGACCUUGUGGACCGCCCGGACCACCCGGACUUAUGGGACGUCCUGGACUUCCCGGCCCACCGGGUCUUAACGGACACCCCGGUGCUAUGGGAUGCCCUGGCAUGAGGGGAUGCCCCGGAUUUUCUGGUCCCCCCGGCCCCCCUGGUCCUCCAGGACCCCCAGGAAUGCCAGGCAUGCCAGCCCCACCCGCGCCUCCAGCUCCAGUGCAUCACUGCUGUGGCAAAGCGGAACACUCAGAUAAGAUUUGGAUGGAUUUGAAAGUCGCCCUUGUCGUAUUUGUAGCUGUUUUCUAUUGCGCGGAGGCACGAACGCUCGAUUCAAUUUUCAAGCGCAGUCCAUGUCCGGCAGACUGUCCAGCCAAGUGUUACCCACGCUGCCUCUUCAGCUGUUGCGCCGUACAAGCCACCCCUCCCCCACCAGUACCAGCGGCCUCACCACCAUUUCUACCACCCCCUCCCCCACAGGUCUUCCCCGGACCCCCUGGACGGACGGGCUUGCAAGGUCUUCCUGGUUGCCAUGGCCCUAAAGGUUGCCCUGGAAUGAAUGGACCUCCUGGGCCCCCAGGACCACCUGGACCGCCGGGACGAAAGUAGCUUAUUGAAUGCAUGAUUUUUUUUUAAAAUAAAUAUACAUUUUGAUGGUUGCAUCUUUUAACAUAAUUAGGUUACCUGAACAUAGCAAGUUGAAAUGCUGUCAAUUUUAUUUGUUUUAUUUAAUAAAUGUAUGAUAAACGUA